AUGGUCAGUCUGGGGGGGCGUGGUCAGUCUGGGGGGGGCGUGGUCAGUCUGAGGGUGCAUGGUCAGUCUGGGGGGGCGUGGUCAUUCAGAGGGGGCGUGGUCAGUAUGAGGGGGCGUGGUCAGUCUGAGGGGGUGUGGUCAGUCCGAGGGGAGUGGUCAGUCAGAGGGGGCGUGGUCAGUCUGAGGGUGCAUGGUCAGUCUGAGGGGGCGUGGUCAUUCAGAGGGGGCGUGGUCAGUCUAAGGGGGCGUUGUCAGUCUGAGGGGGCGUGGUCAGUCUGA